UCACCACUCCUCUGGGAAGUCACCUUCUGCCUCCUUCAGCAUGCGCUCUCUCCAGCUGCCACUCAGGGCUGGCCCUGCUGCCCUGCUCCUGAUCCUAUGCCUGCAACUGGGAUUCAACAAAGCUCUGGAAAACCCACCUAGACGGAAGGUGUUGCAUUUUCAUUUGGAUAUGCCACGGACAGCAAAGCCAAAUGAAGAAGUCAGUGUGAAACUUGAACUUCGAACAGAACUGAGAGAAUGCAUGGUGGUUAGAGCUCAACUCAGAAGCAAUGUCCGAAUGAAGGGUCACUUCAACCAAAAAUUCACCGGCUGUCUCUGUGAAGAUAAUCCAUUUACCUUCUUCUGGGACUUUUACAGUAAAAACACUGCAAAAAUUGCAAUAUUGAUUGACGUAAUUAAUGAGAAAGAUAUCUGUGAUGAUAUUUCAGUGGUUCCCAACGAAGGAAACCAACAAUAUAUUGUGCGUACCCUGUUCAUACAUUAAUGGAAACCGCUUUUGUGUCCAUCAGCACCCAUGUGGUUUUCUCCAAGUAAAAUUGGCUGGGGUUCCUGUUGA